GGGUGGCGGUAGCCCGGGGGCAGAGAUGGGCCGAAUUUGUGGGUCAGCGGGCCAGUGGUGUCGCGGCGGGGAACCGGCAGUGCACGGUCGGGGGUGGAGCUGUCAGGGACGUCAUGGGGAGAAAAGAGAGGCUUCUACUGCUUCUAGUGCUGCUGGGUGUCCGUUCGUUCAGCAUUUCCUCCGGAGAGGAUACCGCUGAUGGAGGAACAGAGGACAAUGCCGAGGACACGUCUGCACAGCUGAUUGCGGCGAUGGGACCGAUGGCACCACCGUCGACCCAGAUGGCAGCGCCAUCUACGUCGGUCCGCCGCCAGGGCCGCCAGUUCGGACGUCGGCUGAGCUCUCAGCUGCAGCGGCAGCUGGGAGCGCGCGGCCCCCCGGCCGGACCAGUGUUCAGUCGCAGUCCGUCAGUGGUAGCAGUGAGCGCCCCGACCCCGGCGGCGCCGGCCCGGCCGCCGGGGCUGGUCCGGCCGCCGGCCCUGGCACCCGCCCCGGCCCCACCGGCUCCGGUACCCCCACCGUCUCCCCCGGGGUACAGCGCCGCAGCACCGGCGGCGCUCAACCUCCCCGUGCCGGUGUCACCGCCGGUCGGCCCGCCCGGAGCCGUCAACUCUCAGGUGAUUUUCGCCACCCAGGGCGGCGCCCCGUCUCCGCCGCCCCCGCCGUCACCGCCGCCGCCAGCGCCCACGGUGGGGCCCACACUGGGCGACGGAGCCGUUCAGGCCACCGGUGAGUGA